GGUCAACGAAAUUAGUUGAUAACGCAAGUUGAGCUCGACCAGUUGUACUCACCUAACCGAAAAACAUUGAAAAUGGACGUGUCAAGUGCUUUAAUUUCAAUUCUCGUGGUUGUAGUAGCGACUGUUUACUUCUUUUUGAAGAGAAAAUUCUCUUACUUUGAGAGACAUGGCAUUCCACAUAUCAAACCAGAAUCAUGGAUAUUAGGCAACUUAAACGGUGUCGGACGUACUAUUCACUUGAACGAUUUGUUGCAGAAAGUUUACGAUAAUGCUAAGGGAAAGGAUGUUAUUGCUGGUUUCUAUGCUUUAUUCUCACCCGGCAUGGUAUUCGUCGAUCUUGAUUUAAUCAAGCGUAUAACGGUGAAGGAUUUCAGUUCAUUCACUGACCGUGGAGUUCAUGUGAGCGAAGAUGAGCCAUUAACUGGUCAUUUGUUUGCCAUUGGUGGAGAAAAAUGGAAAUUCAUGCGGAGCAAACUAAGCCCGACUUUUACUUCUGGAAAGAUGAAAUUGAUUUACCAUACGGUGUCAGACAAGGGUGUUGGUUUGGUGAAAGCAAUCGAAACUGAAUCGAACAAGAACGGAUCCAUCGAAAUGAAAAACAUUGCAAACAGAUUCACAAUCGAUGUUGUUAGUUCAGCUGCAUUCGGUAUGGAAUCAAAUACACUGAUAAACGAACACCCCGAAUUUGUCGAUGUUUUCCGAAAGAUUUUUGGUGAGGAAGGUGUCUCGGCUGCUAGCUCAUUCUUGCUUGGUAUGGCUCCAAGAUUGGCGAAACUUUUUGGCAUUCGCAUGUUUGACAAAUCCGUAGAUGAGUUCUUUUUCAAUGUUGUUGGUGGAAAUAUCAAAUAUCGCGAAACAAACAAUAUUGUUCGCAACGAUUUCUUGAACAUGCUUAUACAGUUGAAAAACAAAGGUGUUGUCGAUGGAGACUCCACAGGAGAUCCGCGCAAGUUAACUUAUGAUGAAACUAUCGCACAAGCAUUUAUAUUCUUCUUUGCUGGAGCUGACACCAGUAGCACAGCAAUUUCUUAUACGAUGACCGAAUUAGCCUACAAUCCGGAUAUUCAAGAGAGAGUAAGACAGGAAGUUUCGGAAAGAACAGAGAGUUCAAACGGAGAGAUUACUUAUGAAAAUAUUCAUGAAAUGCCUUACUUAAAUCAAGUUAUUAAUGAGAGUCUUAGACGGUUCCCACCAGCGUUCACUACUUUAAGACAAUGUAUUAAAGACUAUCCUAUUCCUGGUACGAAACAUGUCUUAAAGAAAGGACAGGGACUAAUGAUUCCCAUUUAUCAAAUCCACCAUGAUGAACAAUAUUGGAAGGAUCCAUACACAUUUAACCCGGAUCGCUUCACGACUGAAGAAAUUGCUAAGCGACCAAACUUGGCCUUUUUGCCAUUCGGAGAAGGCCCCCGCAAUUGCAUAGGAAUGAGAUUUGCUUUGGUGAAUGUAAAGUUUGCAGUUGCCACUAUGGUGAAGAAUUUCAAAUUCACAUUGGACACUAGUAAGACGAAAAUGCCGAUCAAACUGAAUCCACAAAAUCAGUCCAUUUCAUCGAUAGAUGGAUAUUGGAUAAAUUUUGAAAAAAUAUCAACAUUUUGA